GCCACCACUGGAACAGAUUCGGACUCUUCGUCCACAUCAAAGACUUCCACUUUAAUCUGGGUCACUGUCACUUACUCAGAUGGUGGAGUUGCAACCAUUCAAACAACCUAUUCCCAGAAGUUCUCGUCUCAAUACACUGCUGUCGCAUCUCCUCAAGCUGGUUCUGUUGGUAUGGGCACUUUGUCUGGUUCCAUUGGCACAGUCAAAGACCCAUUGACUAUCACUGUCAGCACAACCAAUGCUGCUAAUAAUUUGUACCAAAGAAUCGGUAUCAACUCCAUUUGCAUCUCAGGUUUCUUCUCCUUCAUCGCUGCUUUAUUAUUAUGA